GUCAACGUACCUGAAAAAAACGAACGCGCUUGCGCUCACGGAAGUGCGGAGAAAUUGAUGCGCUUUUUUCAGCUGAGUUGGUUCAUGUCAAAAGCUGGUGAUUUAUUGUUCUUAUUGUUUGUACAACUUGAGAUAAAUUGCUCCCAAAGUACGGAGUAAUAAUCUGCCAAAGGAGAUACGUCACAUCUUUGAAAAUGCCCCGGAGAAAGAGGACCGCAGGCAGCAGCUCGGACGGGACUGAGGACUCGGAUUUUUCCGCCGAUCUCGAGCACACCGAAGUUUCCGACAGCGCGCACAGACGCAGCAGCACGCGCCUGACUCGCGCAUCUCUGCGCCUCAGUCAGAGCUCCCAAGAUAACUGCAGCUCAGUACGGAGCAGUUCUCCUGCGGCCGUGGGUUCUGAUGAAGGCCUGAAUUCAGGAGGAGAGGCGGCAGCAGCAACGGCAGUGGCAGCGUCCGUCUUCUCCUCCGGGCGCAGGGUCACACGCAGCCAACAGGGGUCGACAAACACCACAGCCAAAAGAUACCCACUGCGUCAGAGUCGGUCGUCUGGCUCAGACACUGAGGCUAAUGCAGACCUAAAGCAGGGGGCGGACAGGGAUGAGACCCCUCCUCGUACCCCAACAGGCAACGCUCCAUCCUCAGAGUCAGACCUUGAGGUUUCCAGUCCAAGCAACGACCUUGUGUCUUCUAGCAACGAUAUUGUAGUUUCACAAGAGGAGGACGAAAGAUUGGCUAAAGAGCUGUCACUCAAAGAGGCCGCCGCCCAUGACCUUUCCCACCGGCCCAAGCGACGGCGCUUCCACGAGAGCUACAACUUCAACAUGAAGUGUCCCACACCUGGCUGCAACUCACUGGGUCAUCUAACAGGGAGGCAUGAGAGACAUUUCUCCAUAUCUGGAUGUCCUCUCUACCACAACCUCUCUGCUGAUGAAUGCAAGGGCAAGGCAUCAACGCGCGACAAACAGGCCGAGGAAAGGACGCUAUCACACCGUCAGGACGAGAACAGACAUUCCACAAGAAACCAGGCCCCAUCAGAUCGUCAGCUGCGCUACAAGGAGAAGGUGACGGAGCUGCGGAGGAAGAGGAACUCUGGCCUCAAUAAGGAGCAGAAGGAUACGUACAUGGAGCACCGUCAAAGCCAUGGGCCGAGCCGGGAACCGCUGCUGGAGAACAUCACCAGCGACUACGACCUCGAGCUGUUCAGGAAAGCGCAGGCACGUGCCUCGGACGAUCUUGAGAAGCUCCGUCUGGCCGGUCAGGUGUCCGAGGGCAGCAACAUGAUAAAGACCAUCGUGUUUGGACGCUAUGAGCUGGACACCUGGUACCACUCUCCAUAUCCAGAGGAGUACGCCCGCCUGGGGAGGCUCUACAUGUGCGAGUUCUGCCUUAAGUACAUGAAGAGCCAGACCAUUCUGCGCAGGCACAUGGCUAAGUGUGUGUGGAAGCAUCCUCCAGGUGAUGAGAUCUACAGGAAGGGGAACAUCUCUGUGUUUGAGGUGGACGGAAAGAAGAACAAGAUUUACUGUCAGAACUUGUGUUUGCUGGCGAAACUCUUCCUGGACCACAAGACUCUGUACUACGACGUCGAGCCUUUCCUCUUCUACGUCAUGACUGAAGCUGACAACACAGGGUGCCACCUAGUCGGAUACUUCUCUAAGGAGAAGAACUCUUUCCUGAACUACAACGUGUCCUGCAUCCUCACUAUGCCACAGUACAUGAGGCAGGGCUAUGGCAAGAUGCUCAUAGACUUCAGUUACCUGUUGUCAAAGGUGGAGGAGAAGGUGGGUUCACCUGAGCGUCCUCUGUCCGACCUGGGCCUUAUCAGCUACCGGAGUUACUGGAAGGAGGUGCUGCUGCGCUACCUGAACAAUUUCCAGGGCAAGGAGAUCUCCAUUAAAGAGAUCAGUCAGGAGACGGCAGUGAACCCAGUGGAUAUUGUUAGCACACUGCAGUCUCUCCAGAUGCUCAAAUACUGGAAGGGAAAACACCUGGUUUUAAAGAGACAGGACCUUAUUGACGACUGGAAGGCCAAGGAGACAAAACGUGGUAAUGGCAAGACCAUUGAUCCCACAGCCUUAAAAUGGACACCGCCUAAAGGGACGUAGAGGAGCUUCCUUUCACAUGACACACACACACAAACACAGACAGAUUUUCCUCUGUACACUGGCAUGCUCACAGACCCUGAGCCUAAACCCUCACACAUACUCUUUUUAACGUAUAAAACGCUUUCAGUCAGCUACAGCAGAGUCAUCCACUUACAGAGUCAGUUACUGUGGGUUCAAGCAGUCACUGUCAUGGCUCGGGAAAUUGACUUCAGUCCAGUAAAGAAAAAUAAUAAUAAUAAUAGUAAUAAAUAAUAUAUAUAAUAAUAAAACUGAAAAAAUCCUAUAUUAAAUUUGUUAAACUGAUGUAUGUGGUCAGUUUUUAAGAUCUGGCUGUGUUAAAUUUAACCAAGCUGUAGUUUUCAUUAGCGAGAGCCUCCUAAUGAAGUGUACACUUUACAUGCAAGAAAAAAACAUGAAAAGUGAUGGUUAAUUUAAUUGUAACUUAAGAGUUAAGGUUUAUAUGUAUUUGAAGCAAUAAGCUAUGUAUUUGAGUUAAAACUAGACUCUGCAGCCUAGUGUUUAUAUUCAGGUCUCAUAUGUAGACAACUGUAAGCCACUGGCACUUAAAUUAAGGCAAUAUAUUACAUGGCUUUUGCAGAUUUUAUUAAUUAGCUUUUUUUUAAUCCAUGUUAUGAUCUUCUUUUCAAUAACACAUGUUCAGUAGAAAGAAAACUUCCAAGAUUUCCUGUUGCCUUGUCACUGCUGUUUUUCAAACUUUUGUUUCAACACUGUUUAUUAAAUAUGACUGGUGCAUUUGAAAGUGCAACCACUGGUGCUCUAAAAUGACAAGCCAAUAAGUACGGAGCCCAAAAAUGUUUAAUAUAUUAAAAAAAAAAUCAUAUGAAUAAACUAUGUAAUAUAUAUAAAUGAAACAAAAAUGUUUGAAACAACUUCAGCAAUUACAAAAUCUCAAUUCAUUAUAAAAAAUUUAUUUUCGUAUUUUUAUAGGAGUUCAUCUUUAUUUCAUAACAGAAUUUUUUUUAAUUCAAAAUGCCCUUUUUAAAAAGUCUUUUUAUACUUGAUGAUACUUUUAUUUCAUGUCAUUUUCAUGACAGUGGUGUAGUCAACUGCCAUCUUAUCACAUUUUUCCCAUUUCUUAAUCUAACAAGCUCAACAGUUGCUACUGGUUUUAGCCAGUUUGCUCUUGUUAGCUUGAGCAACAAUGACAAAGUAAUUCUGAAUCAACUAUCGAGCUGCUGCUAUAAAUGAACACAGUACACACACAGUGGCAUUAACUUUUUUGUUUUAUGUAUUUAGCUUAAAAAGGCUGCUCAUGCUACCCAGCUAGUUAGCUAACUAGCUACGCCAGGUUGUUAGUUUGGUUUAUUAUUCAGCAUCAAAGCGAAGCGCUAGUGUGUUCUCAGCAGCUAACGUUAGCUGGGUAAUUCAGAAUUACUUCUCUUUACUUUGAUGUUGAGUAAUAAUCCAAGUUCACAUGCCGGCCUAGCUAGUGAGUCAGCUUGGUAGUUAGUAUGGGCAGCCAUGUUGAACUAAGGCUUAAAGACAAUGAGGUUUCGUUACUGUGUGAGCAGACACAGUGUGAACACAGACUGUGUUUCUUUACAGCAGCAGCCUCUUGAUUCAGAAUCACUUUGACAUGGUUGUCGUUCUAGCUAACAGGUGCUAAUUGCCUUAUUCUGAUAGUGUUUGUUGAGCUGCUUGCUUAAGAGACACAGGGGGACAUGAUUGGCUGGAAGGUGAUAGGGCAGUGACUUUAGCACUGUCAUUAAAAGUGGGGGAUUCCAUAGAGGAGAAGCCGAUCUUCGCCGUUUAUGUGUAAUGUUUAUAUUUUCAGGCUUCAACCUCAACAAGAUUCUUCUCCAACAUACAGUAUGACUAAAACAUAAAAUCACGAGCCACAGUAGCAGUCAGUGAUGUUAGUCUACGUAGGAUGGCUGCUGACAUCUCGUCAAUGUCAUUUUUAAUCCGAAGAGUGAAAGUAAUUGCGCAUUGUUAGCGCACCUCCUCCCGGACACUUAAUUAGCACAGACCACCAGGCACACCCGAUAAUCCAAUCUGCGACAGCCAGUAUCGAACCUGUGCAGCAUUUCAUUCUAUUUUCAAGACAGAACGCGUGUCGGCAGCACGCUGACUCACGCAACGCGUUGUGGCAGACACAGACCAGCUGGCUGUGAUUAACUAGGACAAGUGCAUCAAGCUUCUAAGAAUAGGAGUCCUUGAUUUACCAUUCAGGUCACAUGACUAAACGGAGGUUUCCCACAGAAACCGGAAAAGACUUUUAAAUGAAUUUGAUCAUUUCCACACGAGUUUGAUGUUCAGUAAUCCCCAUGAAUAAAAUAUUAAUUAAUAUUAACACUAUUGUCAUUUCACAUAUUGAGAGCGGGCAGAUCAGCUGUAGAGUGAUGUAGCGUUAUGUCAUGCAUCCAAUCAACUCAAGUUGAUUACAUUUUUUUCUGGAAAAAGUAUAAUGGUUGAAAUGGUGUGAGGAGUUAAGAUGGUCUCAGGUCGAGUCUGUUACCUCUUUUUGUGUAAAAAAAAAAAAAGAAAUGGCGCACAGACCAAACAGUGGCUGCUUGAACUCAGAGCAAAUCAGUUUUGCUUCUCUCUCAUGCAACAAAACACACACAUCCAGUAUCUCACCCGUCUCACUCAUCAGUCGGUUAACCAGGAAACUAUAGCUGCCAUUGGCCACAUUUGUACAGUGUAAUGUCACCGGGAUGGGACCUUUUGUUACCACCCCUCCUUCUGUUUUUUUCCCUUUUAUCUUACCGUCGGUUGUGUUGUUUCAUGAUGCCAUGAACAGUGAGGGUACACAGGGAAUCUCAGCUGUUAGGAGUGUGGGAGCUCACAAACAUGUUGCUGUGUUUUCUGUGUCCUUUUGUGUUGAUUUUUUUUUUAAGUUCUCAAUGAUAUUUUACACUUUUUCUACCUCUGAGGUUUUACCACUGUAUAAAUGCUAGAACGGCCCAUAUUUAGCUUGUUUUGUUUCCUUUUUUUUUAUUCUGUGUGUUAACAUGUGAAAAAAAUGUAGCUGUGUUUGGCCAGCAAGUUUUUUAUUAGAUUUCUUUUUAAAUAUGCUAUUUAUAUUCUUAAAAAAUAUGAUAUGUUAACUACUGCGUAGAACGUAAAGGACAAAGUCUAGUAGGGGAAUGUCUACUCUAUAGGACCGGCUUCCUUGUGAAUAGAAAAAUAUUUAUUUAAAAUUUAUAUGUAGAUUUGAAUGUGUUUAGAAACGCUUGAAAGGUACAGGAGGGAGAAUCCAGGGCAUCCACCCACCACCAACAAAGACAAUGACAGAGGUCAUUUUUAUUUCAGAGGUUUCAUCUCCUUUUAUUAAAAGUGACAUAUGAUUGAAUCAAAAUGUGUCACUUUUGCACAUUGUCACUAUUUGUUACCUCCAUAAUUGGUGCUGCAAGCGCUUAGGAAAAUACAAGCACAACCUUUAUGCGUUAGUGAUGGUCAGCAGCAUUUUGUAAUAUUAUUUGUCCUCCAUAGCCCACUGUGGUUGAUCAAAAACUGAAUUUAUUUUAUUGACAAUCUCCAUAUUUAUUGAUUUAGAUCAACAUGUUCAUUUUGUAACCAGCUCUUAGGAUUUGUUAACAGUUUGGGAAAAAGGCAAAUUCACUUCCUUGUUGAUAGUUAAAUGAAGAAACUGAUAACACUCUCUUGUCUGAAUGGUAAAUAUGAAGCUACGGCCAGCAGCUGGUUAGCUUAGCUUAGCACAAAGACUGAAAACAGGGCUAAACAGUUAGCCUGGCUCUGACACUUUUAGUUUGGUUUUUGUUCAGAUUAAACAACAAGAUAUAACAUGUUCAUUAUCGAGCUUUAGAGGUGCUAGGAGGCAGAUUUUAUUACCUUGAGCCAGGCUAACUGUUCAGCCCUGUUUCCAUUCUUUGUGCUAAGCUAAGCAGCUAUUGACAGUAACUAUAUAGAUACUUACUGUAUCAGUCUUCUCAUCUAACGCUCAACAAGAAAGAGAAUAAGUGUAUUUCCUAAAACGUCAAACUAUUCCUUUAAGCAUUGUGCAUAAGCUUAGACAGCAGUUGGCUGUGAAAUCGGAGGUGUGUGAACAACAAUGUCAGAUUGAAUCAGCUGUUCUUCAGAAUGUUUUUUUGUUUGUUUUUUGUUUUUUUGUAGCUUUUGUGUCAUAAUUUCAAACGUGGACAAAUCAUUUUCUUUCACAAACUACAGCCUGAACUUACAUAAUUUACAUUUGUUUUCUUCUGUUGCCUUUAAAGUGCAUACAUUUGAAGAUGUUUUUCUUUUGUUUUGUUUUCUUGUAUAGUGAUGUUUUCUUUCUGUCAUCAGUGGAUUAAUUUGUCUUUGUUUUACAUGUUUAUAUUUCCUUUAUUCCUGUGGUUAGUUUUCUCGUCUCAUUUCGGUCGUACAUUUGACAGCUCACGAGUCAUGCCCACCGGCCGAUUCAAAAGUCAAUACAAACAGUUCGUGCAUUUCAGAGGACGAGAUUUUUCCUUUUAGCACCUGUUCUCAAUAAACCUCUCUGCAACGUGCUACUGAGCGAAGUUACUCAUGACUGUUGUGAGUGUAGGGAGUGUUUUUUUUUUUUUUUUUCUUGUCAGUUCUUAAGUGCAUUUACAGGAAAGUGCACUUACUUUUUGAGGGAAUUUCAAAGUAAAAAUCGAUCUUAAGACGCAACACCUGACGAUGAUGAUGUUCUAUAGUUCGGCAAUUUUGUCCUUGAGUGUACUUUUGUUUUUACAAAGGUAUGAUGGAGUGAUUUUGCUUUCAGUGCCUACAACAUAUAUUUUAUAGUUGUGUUUUUCUUAAUGGGUGGUACAGUGGUUAGCACUGUCGCCUCACAGUAAGAAGGUUGUAGGUUUCGAACCCCGGUAUGGCCAAGAUCUUUGUAUGGAGGUCGCAUGUUCUCCUCGUGCCUCCGUGGGUUUCUCUCCGGCUUCCUCCCUCAGUACAAAGACAAGCAGGUUAAUUGGUGACUCUGAAUUGUUCUCUAAAUCUUCGUUUGUCUCUACAUGUCAACGCUGUUAUAUCCCGCCUCUUGCAAUCCUUAUAGCUGAUGGAUGGAAUCUUGCAUUGAAUUUUUAAAAGUCAUUCAGGAAGAAAUCCAUUAUGAACAGAGAGGAUAUUUUCUCACAGCGGCAGAAAAUGGACCUGAACAUUUGUCUUCACCAGAAAAAGACUCUUACAUAACACUUUGUCAAAAAAUCUGGAAUGUGUUGAAAAUUACAAAUGAAUCAUAAGCAGAUUGAUUUUCUAUUCUUAGAGAUGAGCCCAUUUUAAGGAAACUUUUCUUUCUUGAUGUGGCAGUCCAUUUUUAUUUCUUUUUCAUCCUGUUGUCUUGCUGUUUCCCUCUGUGCCAGUGGCAGCUAUAGGUGAACAGGUUCGGAGCAUCUUGCUGGUUAUUAACACACGAACAGGGUCACGGACACUUAGAGAAACAAGAGGCUUUCCAUCACCUCCUUCCAUAGGCCAGCGAGCUGUUGUAGUACUGCUACCUAUUUAAUCUACGCACACAAAGCAGCGACACACAAAAGUAGCGUGGCAUAGAUAUGUAGCUCAAUUGUGCUUUUGUACUUGCUUCUUCCCCUUCCCUCCUCUUCAAUAAAUGCAAAUGGUGAGCUUUGA